UCUCCAUAAAGGGGUGCUGUUCUGUCUACAGGAUGACCCUGUGAAGACAGCAGACGCGGAGUGUGGGGACUUUUACAACACUGGGGACAGAGCGACCAUGGAUGCAGAGGGCUACAUCUGGUUCCUGGGGAGGAGUGAUGAUGUCAUCAAUGCCUCUGGGUAUCGCAUCGGGCCAGCAGAGGUGGAGAGUGCCCUGGCCGAGCAUCCAGCAGUGGCUGAGUCAGCUGUGGUGAGCAGCCCGGACCCGAUUCGAGGGGAGGUGGUGAAGGCGUUUGUUGUCCUGACCCCACAGUUUCUGUCCCGGGACAGGGACCAGCUCACCAAGGAGCUGCAGGAGCACGUGAAGUCAGUGACGGCUCCGUACAAGUACCCGAGGAAGGUGGAGUUUGUCCCAGAGCUGCCCAAAACCAUCACUGGCAAGAUUAAAAGGAAUGAACUUCGGAAAAAGGAGUUUGGUCAGCUGUAAUCGUCAAUAAACUCAGAAACCACUGUGUGACCUUGGACAAAUCCCUGGCCACCUCAGUUUCGCUAUAUGGUGAGAGUGAGAAUGGGGGUGUUGAGAAUUGACUUGGAAGAGUAUCAGGAAUGCCAUAUUUCAGCAUUUUUGUUUCUCUCAAAUUAAUAUCAGGCACUCUUCUUCCUCUGUGCUUCCAGAUGAGCACAGAAAUUGGGGUUGGAGGUAAUAAAAUAUGAAUAUGAACGUCAA